AUGAGCAAUACCAACACAACAAGCCCGCUAACUAAGAAGAAAGGGAAGGGGACCAAGAAAGGUUCAACUCCGCCGGCUAGAAAGUCAAUACCCAUCGCCUGCGAGUUCUGUCAUAUAAAGCAUCUACAAUGUGACGUUGGUCGUCCCUGCAAGAAUUGUAUAAAGAGGAAUAUUGGUAAUACGUGUAAGGACACCGUAAGGAAAAAGAAGAAAAGAGAAACAGAGGCUAUGUUUGUUCGUAUGGGGAGGAGAUCUAAUAGUAAUAGUAUUCAAGUUCAAGAUUUACCUCAUGCAAUGAUGCCGCCAAGACCUACCAGAAUACGACAGUUGACACCGCCUAUUUACGGUGAGAAUGUCCUUAAAGGUUUAAAGCAUGAAUAUCAUGAAAAUGCGGUAUCAUUUUCUGAACCUCCUCAUCCUAUGCAUAUGCCUAAUGUACUUCCUCCUAGUGGAAUUUCAUUGCAGAAUGGAAUGUCUGCAAUGGGCCCCCCACCUCCAGAAAACGCAUUUAGCAGUUGGUGGUCCCAGGUUGAAGAUUCAAAACUUAAGGAAAUUCUGGAGGCUCCUACUCCAUUUGGACCAAUUCCAACAGAUUUUGAUGUUCCACCUCCCGUCCCCCCAAUGGGGACUGUUCCUGCUGCUACCGAAAUAUUUGUGACACCUAGUAUUAAUGACCCUAGUCCUUCAUCAAAGUAUGAAGACAUGCCUCCUCCACAAUAUGCUCCCCAUUCAAGGCCAUAUAUGACGUUGGAUAGCCAUGAACAGAUGACCCAUUUAUCUUUGAAUAAUCUUUCCCAUACAAGGAACAUUCCCCCUGACGUCAGCAUUGAUUUUUCACACAUGUCACCCUUUGAUAUUAGAAAAAUCAUUAGAACCCCCAAGGAUCUUUAUAGGAUUCAAAAUUCCAUUAAGGCAUUCAACUACAUGCUGUCAUAUUAUGGUAUGAUUAGAUGUUUGAAGAAAUUAUUCGCCAUCAAACAAGAAUCCGCCCAAGGAGAUAAGGAUGUCUUAAAAUCAAUUGUAAAAGAAAUAUCAGAAGAAUUUGCACCAGUUAUUUUAGCAUUGGAGACAGGUAUGAUUCCAGAUGAUUUCCAAUUUCAAGAAUUAACUUUGCAAAGAAUGUUAUUGGAUUUAGAAGAUAUGGCCACUUUUUCCAAUUGCACCCCAUUGGUCAUCUGGAGAAGGACCGGUGAGAUUUGUUUUGCGAAUAACGAGUUCUUGUCUUUGACUGGUUACACUGAUGUCGAACUGACUUCAAGACAGAGAUUCAUUUUUGAAUUUUGGGAUAGGCAAAGCGUAUUUAACUAUUUCAAGAAAUUUCAUUCAAUGCUGGCCUUUGGGCCCAUUGAGAAGGAGGGACAAACAGAAACAUACCCUGGUCGGAGAUGGUCCUUCAAUAAUAGUGUAGAUCGAAGUAAGAUCUUACUAAAAAAUGGGUUCCACUUAAAUUGCGCCACUUGUUGGACAAUAAGGAGAGACACUUUCAAUAUUCCCUUACUAGUUGUGGGCUACUUUUUGCCUAUCUUCUAG